GGCGCAGCCUGGGUGACGCCUCCGCGCCUGAGGGGACUCGCCGUCAACUCCCCUCCCCUCCCGUCACUUGUCUGGAACUUGAAGAAGUGGGUAUUCUUCUUCCCACCCCAGGCACUGACGGAGCGGCCCCCCGGAGAUUCCAGGACCUGAGCUCCGGGAGCUGGACUCGCAGCGGCCGCGGCAGAGCGAGCGGCGCCGGGAAGCGAGAAGGAGACGCCCGCCGGAGGCCCAGCUGCCCGGGGCAACUCAUAUGGCCGCCGCAUGGCCGCCGCUGCUGCUGGCACUACUGGCGCUGUCCUGGCCACCCCCAGGAACCGGGGACAUCGUCGUGCAGGCGCCCACCCAGGUGCCCGGCUUCUUGGGCGACUCCGUGACGCUGCCCUGCUACCUACAGGUGCCCGGCAUGGAGGAGACUCACGUGUCACAGCUGACUUGGUCGCGGCAUGGUGAAUCCGGCAGCAUGGCCAUCUUCCACCCAACGCAGGGCCCCAAGUAUUCGGAGCCCAAACGGCUGGAAUUCGUGGCCACCAGACUGGGCACGGAGCUGCGGGAUGCCUCGCUGAGGAUGUUCGGGUUGCGCGUCGAGGAUGAAGGCAGCUACACCUGUGUGUUCUUCAUCUUCCCGCAGGGCAAAAGGAGCGUGGAUAUCUGGCUCCGAGUGCUUGCCAAGCCACAGAACACAGCUGAGGUUCAGAAGGUCCAGCUCACUGGAAAGCCAGUGCCCGUGGCCCGCUGCGUCUCCACAGGGGGUCGCCCGCCGGCCCAUAUCACCUGGCACUCAGACCUGGGCGGGAUGCCCAAUACCAGCCAGGCGCCAGGGUUCCUGUCUGGCACAGUCACUGUCACCAGCCUCUGGAUUUUGGUGCCCUCAAGCCAGGUGGACGGCAAGAGUGUGACCUGCAAGGUGGAGCACGAGGGCUUUGAGAAGCCUCAGCUGCUGACUGUGAACCUCACCGUCUACUACCCCCCAGAGGUAUCCUUCUCUGGCUAUGAUAACAACUGGUACCUCAGCCAGAAUGAGGCCACCCUGACCUGCGACGCUCGCAGCAACCCAGAGCCCACAGGCUACAACUGGAGCACGACCAUGGGUCCCCUGCCACCCUUCGCUGUGGCCCAGGGCGCCCAGCUCCUGAUCCGUCCUGUGGACAAACCAAUCAACACAACUUUCAUCUGCAACGUCACCAAUGCCCUAGGAGCUCGCCAGGCAGAACUGACCGUCCAGGUCAAAGAGCGACCUCCCAGUGAGCACUCAGGCAUGUCCAGUAACAUCAUCAUCUUCCUGAUUCUGGGAAUCGUGAUUCUUCUGACCCUCGUGGGGAUCGGGCUUUAUUUCUAUCAGUCCAGAUAUUCCUGUAAGGAGCAUGCCAGCGCCUCGGCUAAUGGGCUUUUAGAGGCCACCUGCGUUCCUCAGCUCAUAGAUCCUUCCUCACAUCACUCCGACUUCUGCUUCCCUCACUACAUCACCUUCUCUGACUCUGAUCCUUCUGCUUCUCGCUUAUAAGAACCCGUGUGAUUACAUUGGGUCUAACCUGGAUAAUCCAGGAUGGUCUCCUCAUCUCAAGAUUCUUAACUAACUACAUAUGUAAAGUCCCUUUUGCCAUGCAAUGUAAUAUAGUCUCAGAUUCAAUGGAUUCUGAGAGGACCGUCUUUGGAGCAGGAGGAGAAGGCAUAUUAUUCUGCCUACCACACUUAAACUUCAUUUAGCUGCCAAGUAAGAAGUGCAUUCAUCCUGGGACAGCUAUGCUGGAGAGGCCACAUGGAGGCACCUCACGCCCCCACUGAGCUCCCAGGCAGCAACCAACACCAGAAGCAAGUCACAGAGUGAGCCAUUUCGGACAUCAUCCCAGCCAAGGCUUCAGGUGACUGUAGUAUAGCCCUGGCCACCAUCUGACCGCAGCUACAUAGAGACCCCAAGCAAGUCCUGUCCAGCAGACCACUUCCCAAAUCCCCCACCCACAAAAUGUGAGUGAACUAGAAGGGAUGUUGUUAAAUAUGGGGGUAAUUGGCUAGUCCACAAUAGUAACCAGAAUUUGGAAUUUUUUUCUUUUUUUCAGUUCUAGACCUUUAAUCUAUACUUGACUUGAAUACAACACUGAGCAUUUUCUUUAAACCUCAGAAGAGGUUAAAAGAAGUUAAAAUUCAGAGAGGAGAAAACUCGAGGAUGAAGAAGUUUCCCUAGACACUCAGCCAACGUCACCGGCUUCAUUUUCCCCUGUCUUGUUAUGAAAGAUUUGGUACACACACAGGAUCUGUAUAAUGGAGUAUGUGCAGUUUACAAAAUGAUAAUGGUACAGGAGGAUUUGUUUUCUAAACCCAAAUAGUGGAGAGAACAAAAUGCAAUGAGGAAGAAGCCUCCAUUUCAGAACCCACAGGCCCUGCCCGACUGCCCACCUGACCAGGUAAUUCGUGGCUUUGCUUUUUGGCAGCAACGCCACCUGGCGGCCAUACCACUCACUGCAGCUCCAGGCACAGGUACACUAUCGCGGUCGCCAGGUAGUGUGCAGGGCUGCCUCUGCUGCAGUGGCUCGGCAGACAGUGCGCCUUUGUCUGCUCAGUGUCUCCUCCAGUCCAUACCAAAAGCACUGUCUCCUCCAGGGUCAAGCUCCCGGGGAGGUAGCUAGGACCAGGUGGGGAUCAGAGUGGGGAAACAGCAGCAGGAUGAGGUGUCCAGAUUCUGCCCCACUACCCAGGACAGUGACUCAGACUCUUCAGGCUGGAACUACAGGCUGCACGGAUUCCUGGUGAGAUGGGGGUUCAACCUGACUUGGAGUGGUCAGGACUAGCCAGUGGGUAUCUGGGGUAGGUGGGCUCUUGGAGAUCUGAAUGAUAAAUGCAAUGGCCAAUCUGCUGUUAGCCGAGGCAAAAGCACAGUACAACUUACUCGGAGGCAGUGGAUCAAUGGGAGUUGUGGGUGGCAUGAAACGGAGGCUGAAUGAGAAGCAAAGAGGCCAAUGCACUGUGCAGUCUACUCCAUUGAGCAUCCAUGCCCUCUGCAGGUGUGAGAACUUUCUAUAUAAAUUAGAAGUAUUGUCUUCAUUAUCAUCA